UCUCAAAGAAACAAAUGAAUGAAUGGGGACAAAGUCCUGUAGGUUGAAGCAAUAGGACCUAAUACUCUAACUGUCGAGAAAAAUUGAGCAACGCUUGGAAAAGAAUUUAUUUAGCCUCGAUCUCGAGUCCGAUCUAUGUUCCUCCCCUUCGGGGGAGGAGCGGGGUAUCCUUUCCCGAACAGGGGCUGGUAAUUGAGCAUACCUGCCGGGUUUUACUGUAUUAAUUGGAGGAUUCCAUACAUAAAAUGACGAACACAAGGGAACGAGUCGUUAAUAAUUCAUCAUCAGCAGAAUAGCUCCUUACUAGAUAUAAAUAUCGAUACACUACAAAUAGCUUGGCUCAAGUUAAACAAAAUCGCUAAUGCGGUGUUGAAAAUUUCGAGCUUGAUUGCAAUUAAAAUCAUCGCUUAUCUUUCUCUGAAGGUGCAUGUCAGUGACAGGUACGAUAAUCUUGUUGUUAGAGUGAUUACCAGCUUAGGGAAUAAAUACUUAAGUUAACUAGCCAGAGACGGAAAAUGCCCGCAGGUGGCUUCGGCAAUGCAAAUCAAAGUGACAAAGUAGUUCUGUGGUCAAUUGAGAAAAGAUUGUUUUUGUCGGCAAAAACGCUGCUAUAGUUAAGACAAAUUAAAAAUCAGUCGGUUGAAAAUUAUCCCUUAAUAGUAGGCCGUUUAACGAAUACUUGAUUUUUAUCCGGCCGAGUCAAUUAUCAUAGAAGAUUUGGUUAAUUUACAAAUUGUUUGUAAACAGACAGGUACUGGGAGAAGCCAAGUUCAAAAUGAAGCUAAGCUUAACGUAAAUUGCCUCCAUUCAAUAAUCUGCCAAUCAAAGGUUACGUUAUCUCUUAAAAACUGGAACAGCUGCAACGAAGACUCCGCAGUAGAGAAUCGAAAUUUCGUAGUCACUGCAUACGCUUCCACUAUGACAGAUGUAGAAGAGACUAUCAAAUUUGAGCCAAAAUCGCUUGUUAUUAAAAUACUCAUCUAUGCUAUCGUCCUUCUAGUUGGAGCGGCAGUUUUCAUGGAGUUGGAGCGAGGAAGGGGGGAAACCACUACAGGGAAAUCUGACGCAACAAAGCUCAAGGAAAGCUUGGCAGAGAAGUACAAUAUCAGCCCGACAGACAUGAACCUCCUAGAAACUGCUUUCGAACAGGAAUCAAGCGCGAGGGCAGAAGCUGAAAGAUUGAAUCGCUGGACUUAUAGCAAUUCCGUCUUCUUUGCUUUUACAAUUAUGACAACGAUCGGUUAUGGCCACAUGUCACCUCACACAUGGCAAGGCCAGCUGUUCUGUAUUUUCUUCAGUCUACUGUCCAUACCAGUCGCGGGCAUCAUGUUAUUGAGUGUCGGGAAUCACGUGAGCUUAGUUAUCCGGGUCUUCAUCCGCUUCAUGGAGAAAACCUGCCUCAGAAGGGUGGUGUCGGGGAGCGCUGAAAUGAAGAGCACCAUCGUUACCUUCCUUCUAAUGAUCCUGAUGAUUAUUUUUGGCGCCAUUCUGACGUCACACACCGACGGCUGGUCGUUCAUUGAAGGAACCUACUUCACUUUCAUCAGUGUUUCUACAAUAGGAUUCGGCGAUUUCGUCGUUAACGACGGCGAGUUACAGUCCACGGACCACGGCAAGACGUUUGCUGUGAAUUUCACUAUCGUGUUGAUCACCCUGGGGCUGUGUGUCGUGUCCAGUGUCCUAUGCUCGGUCAGCGCUGUCAUCGAAGAGAGGCAGAGGCGCAUGCGCAUUGAACUGCCCGGAUCAGCGACCAAUGCUCUGAAUGCUGCUAACUUAGCCUUCAAUACAGUCACUAGUAACCUGCCAUUAAGGUUGUCGACCAAGGCCAAGGUUAAACAGGCUAGUGAUCGUAGUCCAGAAAACAAAGAAAACGGAGAAGUAGAAACGAUAAGUGUUGGUUAGCAGCCGAGCUCAGUUGCGUCCUUUGAGCUUUCAUUCCCCUUUGAAAAAAGGUAGUGGAAAAGAAGCUGGUGUCGAGCCUUGGCCCCAGUUGUUGACCGUUGGUCACGGUCAGUUGAUGAGAUGAACGGCCUUGUCAGGUCACCCGAAAACGAUUGACCGAAGCGAAAUAUCAAGGCCUAGGAACCGGGCAAACAUUAUUUCAUGGCUGGUUCUAACCGGCUCAAUUAUAUAACCAGGAAGGUCAUAACACUUAUAGGAAUUCUCCCAUGGAGUGUAAUAAGUAUAGGUAAUCUUAUGAAUGCGAGUGAAGUUAUGGAUAUACACUGCGAGUGAUAUUUGAAACUCUCUCAAAGUUGCACGAGCCUUUAUGCGAGUGCAAUUGAAAGAAUUUUCAAAUAUCUCGAGUAGUGUAAAUCCCCCAUUGCUCGAGCUUUCGUACGGUGAUACAACUGGGAAAAUCACGAAAGCGCACGCGUUAAUUUGCACUUACGAUAAAUGGCAGAUUUGCACGAUGGCGUCAUUUGACUAAAGCCACCAAAAUUCAUAUCGGUUUUUCUUUGUUUUGGUUUGUUUGUUGUUGUUUUUUUUUAAUUUUAAAGUCCCAUGCAGUAGAGUUUAAUAAUCAUCUUAAGAAAAAGAAAUAAGGGAUUCUGGUAGUUGAAGUCAAAUGACCCUGUCACGCAAAUCGCCUAUUGGUCUGCUCUCAGCCAAUCACAAUGAAGUAAUUUUCUCAGUUAUAUAAUAAACAAUGUAAAGGCAGAGACCAACACAACAUAGGAUGAUCUUUUAAGAUGUGGCUAUAUUUCGGCUGGCCAAACCAGCCGCCUUCUUCAGGCGCAAUGAGAAUUUUACAUUGGAAGGGGUGUUUUGUAGCCCGCGUAGCAGUCUUUUCCGUUUCCUUUCAGGCAAGCAUAGGAGUCGCGCAAGGGUACGGGGACAGAGGUAACAAAAAAAAAUAGUGGCAGCUCGCCCCAUGCGUUCGCGCGACUUCCCCUUGGCUCUCGCUUUCUCCCGCUCAGAGGAAACGGAAAAGACUGCUACGCAGGCUAGGUGUUUUGUAGUAUAUUUGCGCGAGAAAUGAUUAUGAUCUGGUCAUAAUCUCUUGAUUAUCGUAAUACCGGAAAUACGUAAAACUAAACUAAUUAAUUGACAGUGUAAAUCAAAGAUAAGGUGAGAUAAAAUAAUGAAAUAACAUAAAUACAGGAAAUUAUUAAUAUGUUUCUUCGCAGAUGUUAAGACCAUCGGGUUCAAUUGUGCUUCCUUUUUUAAUUGAAAAAGCUUCUCUGGCCUUGCGGAUCGAGUCUUGGUUUGAAACGGUUUUUUCGAUGGGGAUUAAUUGCAUGUUAGCAAUGUGGUUAGGAGAGGAGAAGAGAGGAAAUGUUCUGCGGCUGUAGUAGGUUUAGAUUUGGUGUUAGGGUUAUCUAUAACUCAGCGGUGUUCAUUAAAGUGGUAUUUUUUAAAGAGUCUUUCCUGUUAUUAUUUUAUUUCAUUAUUUUAUUUUACCUUAUUUUAUAACUUACACUGUCAGUUAUAGUUAAGUUUUACGUAUUUCCGGUAUGAUUACGCAAACCAAAAGACUAUUAUAAUCUCUUGCGCGAAUAUACUACAAAACACCCCUUCCAAUGUAAAAUUCUCGUUGUAACUGAAGAAGCAUGGUUUGGUCAGCCGAAAAUAUAGUUAACUGACAAAUAAAGAAGCCUCGCCUGU